CGGACACGUCCACCGGGCGAGCGGCGCGGCGGGGCCGGGACCGGGCGCUGCGGCGCCAUGAAGGACUGCGAGUACCGGCAGAUCCCGCCGGGGGUAGCGGGGCCGGGACCGGGUACGGUUGUUUCGUCACCUCCGUUAUCCACCGAGCCGGAGCGGGCCGGGCCGGCCCGUCGUCCCCGGCGGAAGUGGGAGGUGUUCCCGGGCCGUAACCGUUUCUACUGCGGCGGUCGCCUCAUGCUGGCUCGGCACAGCGGAGUCUUCGCUCUCACCCUCGGCCUCAUCCUGGCCACCAGCGGCCUCUUCUUCGCCUUCGACUGCCCCUUCCUUGCCAGUCACCUCACCUUGGCCAUCCCCAUCAUUGCAGCCAUCCUCUUCUUCUUUGUCAUCAGCUGCCUGCUGCAGACAAGCUUCAGAGACCCGGGUAUCCUGCCCAGAGCCACCCCAAGUGAGGCCGCAGACCUGGAAAAGCGGAUCGACAGCAUGGGUACCUCUACCUAUCGCCCGCCAGCCCGCACGAUGGAAGUGGUCAUAAACAAGUAUGUGGUGAAACUCAAGUACUGCUACACCUGCAAAAUGUUCCGCCCUCCACGCACCUCUCACUGCAGUGUCUGCGACAACUGUGUUGAGAGGUUUGAUCACCACUGCCCCUGGGUGGGCAACUGCGUGGGGAAGCGCAACUAUCGCUACUUCUAUGCCUUCAUCCUCUCCCUCUCCUUCCUGACAGCCUUCAUCUUCGCCUGUGUCGUCACCCACCUCACUCUGCGCUCUCAGAGAGAUGGAUUCCUUGCCACUCUGAAGACGACACCUGCAAGUGUGCUGGAGCUGGUGAUUUGUUUUUUCUCAGUCUGGUCUAUUUUGGGCCUCUCAGGUUUUCACACUUAUUUAGUUGCUUCCAACCUGACGACAAACGAAGAUAUCAAAGGGUCCUGGUCGAAUAAGAGGGGUUCAGAGUUUGCCAAUCCCUACAGCCAUAAAAGUAUCCUCACAAACUGCUGUGCAGUGCUGUGUGGACCAUUCCAUCCCAGUUUGAUAGACAGAAGAGGAUUUAUCCAGCCAGAUGUCGGGACCCCGGCCAGUCCUAAGAGCGAAAUCCCUUCCUUUGGAGCCAAAACUGACACCAGCAUGGUAGGAGGCGUUCCCUAGCAGUGCUGUGAUGUAGCCCAGUGCCUGCUGUGCCUGCACCUCGCUCCAGCCAGUACCUUCCCCUCUUACCAUCUCCCCAGCCUCAGGCAGGACAGCCCUGUGAUGCAGAGCUGCCAAAGACUCAGUCGAGCCAUAUGUUGCCUUUUUUUUUUUUUUUAAGUUUAUUUAUUAUUUUUUGUUUCACUGUGAUGUGGCCUGUCUGGACUUUGGACUGAGAGAGCCCAACAGCAUGCAAGACCCUCAGAUUUGUGCAGAAAGCAGGGGGUUCCUGCUGCACCUGGGAAGCAAAGAGGUCUGGGGAGCCACCAGACCUUCUGAGUCCGGAGCGUCUGCUCCCGGGGAUCACUCUGUUUCCUGCCAGGAGUCAUGAGGUGGGCUAAUGAUGGGAGCUGGGGACUGGCAAAGGGUUCCCGCUCUGAGCUGGGCUGUCACACCUCAUCUUCUGGGCUGGUGGAGGCAUAAGUUCCCUGGUAUCCCUGUUAUCUUCAUGAACAUGUCCUGCUCCCCUGUGCUGACGUGGAAGGGCUGUUCUGUCUCUUAAUGGCUGGGUUCUCACCUUGACCGCUGCCGGAGUGGCUUUUCUUUUCCAGAAGUGGUUGUGCCUUGGUAAUUCGGGGCUCUUCAGCUAGGAGGACUCUGGCUCCCAGCAGAUGUGGAAGCUAGCUAGAUGUCCCAGCUGCUGUUGAUCCUAUUUUCUGGCUGAUCACUGAGGAGGUGCCGAAGAACUCUAUGUUUUGGCCCUGCCAGUCAGUAAGACAGUGUUUUGCAGCAAGGACACGAGUUAGGAUGACCCUUCUUUUAACAGGGAAGAAGAAACAUGCAGUGUUCUGUGGCUUUUGUCAUGAGAUGCUGGUUGGCAAGGCUACAUUUGAAAGAUUUGGGAACCUUAGCUUGCCAGGAAGGCCUGGUUAUGUCCUGUCUGUACGAGACCAAAAGGCAACAGAAAAGUGCCUGAAUUCCUGAGGGUCAUACCCUUCUAAGGUGAAGUUUCACAGAGGAAGCAGUGAAAUGGGUGCUGAUCUCUGAUAACCUCACGUUGUGCUCUUGGUUUGGGUUUCUGGCCAGCAGACGAGAGCAGGGCUGUCCCCAGCACCUCAGGAGCAAUUCCCGUGUGCUUGGGCUCAUCCACGAGCAUCGCUCCGUGCCUGCGGAGGCAUGGGAGAGCUGGGCUGGGCAGCCAGCUCUGCGUCGCUGACACUGGAGUGUGUGUAGGGGAGAGUCACAGACCUUGUUAGCAAUACUUGAAUUGUGUUAUUAAAAGCUGCUGGAUAUUUUUGCACAAUCUGUAGAUUUUUUUUUUUUUUUUCUGUGUAGAACGUUUUAUAUUUGGUGCAGGUAGCGUUGUGCAUGUUAGCACCAGGACAGGCUUGCAGCGUUUUGUGUCGAGCUGCCUGGUUAGGUUUCCAUGGGUCAGACGCAUGUAUUUCAACCUCAGGCAGAGGCAGCACAUUUCUGGGGGCAGCCUGUCCCCACUGAAUUCACCAGCGUCGUGCUUCGCACACUGCGAAUGACCGCGCCAGCCCGUGCGCAGCUUCGAGGCACGCCGGGCGACGGCAGAGGCACAAGGUUCCCCCGGCCUUACAUUUCUGGCUGGCUGCACGGAGAUCUCGGUGCUUCUUUGCUGUGGCCACCAGCUCUACCUUCCCCUCUGCAAAGAGCCAAGGUGAGAGCACGGGCGACGGCUGCUGAAUUUCUACCGGAUCCCGGCAGAUGGCCCUCACCACCCGGGGAGGCUCCCGGUGAUGCUCUGCCAGCCGCCCCAAUCCUGCACCUUCGUGCCAUUUCACAGGCCAGGUGCUUUAGCGUGUUGCAUCCAGAGAGGCCACCCUGCCCUUCCUUCCCCGCUUCUCCUGCAGGGAUGUCCCCAGCGGGGCUUGUCCGUGGCAGGCGUGGGGCCAGGGCGAGCCGAGCUGUGCGGAGCGGGUCUGGUGCUGGGGAGUGAGGAGCAAUGCGGGGGCUGUUCCCAGGGGCCAAACUCCUUCCUGUUUUUAUUUAAACCGGUUUCCUUUGUUACUCAACAUAAUAAAGUUAUAUUUUUAAAGA